GCACAGUAGUAAUUUUCAACAAAUGACUAACGUCCUUUGUCUAAUGUAAACUUAAUUCAGUUUGCUCGUGGCAUUGGUGUGUGGUGUGUUUGUAGCGCGGAUUUUACGAUGAAACGAUAAAGUGGAUAAUCUUGAUAAUAAUAGUAUUUCGAGAUCCAACCGGGCGUGCCAGUGAGAUGGACCACUUCAAAUAUUUAGUAGUUUUUUGUAAUAUUCUCACAAUUAGUUUCGACAAUGUUGAUUCUGCCUGCACCCUCUCACUGAACAAAGAUUUCGGAAUACCAUCUCCCGUCUACCUUCAAAAUGGCGAAUUCCUUGUCCCUAACAAGACAAGUAGCGACAUCUAUAUGAAGAGGUCGGAAACUCUGCUAGUAGCGUGCCCGGGAGACAAGAGGCAUGUUGUUUUGGCGAAUAAUAGCGCGCAAUCAAAUGCUUUGGAAGCCCACUGCAUAAUAAACGACACUUUCCGUGUAGAACGGUGGAUAGGAUCCUUCAAAGAUAUCACAUGUAACAACCAACCAUGGUUCACCGCCGAGGAGACGGGACAAGCUUGCUAUCAGGGCGCGAAAGUGUAUAGAGUAGGCUAUCAGAUACAAAAGCGAUUCCACUCGCUUUACGAAGCCUGUUUCGACAAGGAACAGGCUCACACGCAUUACGUGCGGCAUCAGCUGUCUCCCGGAGCCAGGAUCACGCAGUAUGGAACACGACCACAGUUCACAGAAGGGAAUCUGUUUGGCAAAGUGCGCAUGGCAGAGCUGUACAAAGCGAAGAAUCAGAAGGCACGUCUCGACGCCAUUUUGGGCAGUGACAUGGCUGACAAUUACGUCACGAAGAAACAGUUCCUGACACGUGGUCACCUCGCCGCUCGGGCGGACUUCACACUGCGUGCUGAACAGCGAGCCUCGUUCCACUACAUCAACACCGCGCCGCAAUGGAUGAGGGGGAACGCUGGCGACUGGGCUGCCUUGGAAGACGCAAUACGUCGCCGCGUGGACUCCCAGGACUCGACCGUGGUGGUGUACACCGGGACUCACGAGGUGCUGACCCUCCCGGACAGUUACGGGAAGCUGCAACAGAUAUAUCUCACCGCGGACGCUAACAACAACCCUAUUGUUCCGGUUCCAAUGUAUUUUUACAAGUUAGUAUACGACCCCGCCAAGAAGACAGCAGCCGCCUUCGUGUCCGUCAACUCCUCAUUCUUCAACCAGACCCAGGUCUCCUGUCUCUCAUUCUGCGAUGAUGAGUGUUCCAGGCAUAAGUGGCUGAAGUGGAGGUCCAAUGACGGAACUCACAGCUUUUGUUGUGAUUACGAAAAUUUCGUUGAAAAGAUUCAGUAUUUACCAAAGUUAGAUGUAAGAGGGAUAUUUUAUUAGUAAAUUGUGAAA